UUUGCAAAAUUACUUGAGCGGCGUGCAGCGCGCCUGGUCUGUGGCGGAUGGUGAGACGAUGGCAUCUUUUAUUUCACUCAAAGACAAGCAUAUAAUGAAUCGUAAUUUAUAUGUGGAGUGUCCAGAGAAUGCCGUGGAACGUAUGCUGGAUCCGCCCAUUGAUGAGAUUGUUUGUGCGCAUCCGAAAGUACUCUAUUACUUGGGCUUGGAAACUCGCGAUUUUAUGCAAGCUUAUCGCCAACAAUCACAAUGCAUACAAUCUGUUGUGAAAAUGUUGCAACAGUUGAAGGAGGAGAACUGGUGUCUUCCCAUAAUGUACACAACCUGCUUGGAUUUGCGAAUAUUAGCGCAAAAAUGCGAAGAACUUGGCAGCAGCAGCAAGCCGGGGGAAAUUCUUGAGAAGGCCGCAGACUGCUUAAUGAGCUGUUUCCGUGUAUGUGCCGCAGAUAAUAGAUCUUCGGAUGACGACACUAAACGCCUUGGCAUGCUCAACCUUGUUAAUCAGCUAUUCAAAGUCUACUUCCGCAUCAACAAAUUGCAUUUGUGUAAGCCAUUGAUACGCGCCAUCGACAGCAGCACCUUCAAAGACUCCUUCCCAUUGCCAGAUCAGAUAACAUAUAAAUAUUUUGUAGGCCGUAAGGCCAUGUUCGAUUCAGACUAUAAAAGUGCCGAUGAAUUUCUUUCAUUUGCGCUGCGCAACUGUCCACGCAAUUUCCCACGCAACAAGCGGGUCAUACUAAUCUACUUGGUGCCGGUGAAGAUGCUACUUGGCUACUUGCCCAAGAAGGACAACCUCGAACGUUUUGACCUACUACAGUUUCAUGAACUUGCUGUCGCUCUAAAAGAGGGCAAUGUUCGCAAAUUCGACGAAGUUAUACAACGUCAUGAGAUAUUCUUCAUCAAAUGCGGCAUUUAUUUGUUGGUUGAAAAAUUGAAAUUCAUUGUCUAUCGCAAUCUCUUCAAGCGUGUGUACAUAAUCAAACAGACGCAUCAAUUAGAUUUGCGGGCAUUUCAAGCGGCAUUGCAAUUUGUCGGCGAAACAGAUGUGAGCAUCGAUGAAACGCAUUGCAUAGUGGCUAAUUUGAUUUUUGAGGGUAAAAUCAAGGGCUACAUCUCAUACAGUCACAACAAGUUGGUGGUGUCCAAGCAGAAUCCUUUUCCACCACUUAAUACGGUUUCCUAGGAGCGGCUGAUGCGUGGUGCAGAGGCUCACGGACCAGGAUCUUUAAGUUAUUUAUAAAGCAUUUACAUAGUACAUACAUACAUACUCUACAUACA